GUUUAUUGUCAGAACAAUUAACCCCCCCCCCCCCCCCCCCCAGCUUAAACCAGAGGCACACUCUUCUUCUCUCCUUGUUUACGCUUUCUUCUUCUACUUCUUCUUAUUCUUUCUGACGAAAUUGUGGGUUGAGAUUCAGAACAAGCGAAGAAAACCAGACAAAGACGUAGAAAACCCUGUUAUAGAUCAUGGGAUCUGAAGCUCGAAGCUUCCUCAAGGUCGUUGCUAACAACUUCGAUGUCCUCGCUGGGCCUGUGGUUAGUCUUCUUUAUCCUCUGUACGCCUCAAUUAGGGCAAUUGAGACCAAGUCCUCUGAAGACGAUAGGCAGUGGCUUACUUACUGGAUCCUGUAUUCUAUGAUCACCCUCUUUGAGCUUACCUUUGCCAAACUCAUUGAAUGGAUCCCUUUCUGGUCGCAUGCAAAGCUGAUCGGAACCUGCUGGUUGGUCAUACCCUACUUCAGUGGGGCUGCAUAUGUGUAUGAGCAUUAUGUUCGGCCUUUCUUUCUUAACCCCCCGAGUAUUAACAUCUGGCAUGUCCCAAGGAAAGAGGACAUCUUCAGCAAGCCAGACGACAUUCUAACUGCUGCAGAAAUAUAUAUGCAAGAAAAUGGCCCUGAAGCAUUUGAGAAGCUCAUAAACAAGGCUGAGAGGGAAGCCAAGUGGAGGGGUAGUAACCGCACUUUUUAUGACGACGACUACUGAUAUUGAGCUUCUUCGGUUGCCAUACAUGUAGCUGCUGACCUGCUUUGUUGAGAGGAACAACUCUGUGCUGUUGUUAGGAGCAUCUUUGGGUUGGAUACUUUCCUUUUCUGUAUGUAGUUUUUCUUGGUCUUCAGUUUUGCUAAUCACUGCUCCUUGUGAUUGUACCGUAUAAUCGUGAAACUCUUGUAUAAGCUUCUCUCAUACACCACGCUUGUUACAUAUAAUAUUUUUUGGGAGAAGAUUUGUCAUUUAAAAAAUGUAUGAAUUAAUGAAACUUUUUUUUUUUUU